AUGUACAAAAAGGUAGUUGGCGGUUGGUUUGUUUACCUGGUUAGCACUCAAAUCUCAUCUGGACGAGCGGGCAGUGCACGAUUUGGAGGUCAUCUGGGUUAUCCAUCACCAUCGGUAGCUUAUAUCAUGGCGAGGGCGUCGAGGAAGGCUAACGGCAGCAAAGCCAAGUCCAAUUCGGUGCAGGAGUACCUCGAUUUGAUAAGCCUGCAGAAACAGCAAUUCGAUCAAAUGAGGGCAAAUUAUUCACAUCAGAACACGCAAUUGGCGAAGUCGAAUUCAAUGCUGAUGAUAAAGAUCACAGAUCUGGAGACCAAAAUAAGCGAGCUGGUGCAGGAGAAUGUACAGCUCCGAAGUCGGCUGUCGGUAACGGAGCUGCGAUUCAAGGAACGACUUAAUCAGAGCUUCAACCUGCUGGAGCACGGCGCGUUCCAGCGCUUCGACGAGAUCGUAAAUCUGUUUGCCGUAGUGAGGGCUCAGCAGGGUCUACGUCCAGAGAGUGCAGCAGCGACUGAGCAGGCACAGCGACGGUUCAAGGGUCUGGAGCAGCGGGGCGUGUCACCAAAGGUGGUGGGGUUUGAUGUGCCGUCUUCAGACAGUGUGCGUGGUGAACGCGAAACCUUAGAUGACCGUGCACAGCAGCAUCAAGAAGCAGACAGCAUGGAACUUAAUGUGGAAGAAACGCAGCCCCUGCGUAAGAAAAGGAGGAGGAGUUCGCGACGUGAGUCGCUUUUCAUACCGUCUGACUUCGAUUUUUCAAACGACAGUCUUGAGAAUGCGUUGAAAGAAGCGGACAAGUCACGGUCUGCGAAAGAUGAAGCGCCAUCUGUUGCUGAAGACACCAUAACUGAAGAGAAGCAUCGCGAGAGUGCCUCUCGGACAACAGAGCAAGGAGAAAGCGAAUCCAGAACAAAAGAAGCCUCAGGGACAUUGACACAAUCGAACGAGGAUGGUAUGGGGAACGAUAAGAGUCUACAAAAGGAAGGUACGCAACAAGAAGAUGCCGCAAACUUUACACAUUCAAUUAUAGAGUAUUUCAUUCCCGAAGAAUACGAUGUUGGGUCCUCAGACGUUGCUAACACAAGUAAGUCGAAACUAGAAGUGUAUAGAGAUGACAAUGAAAUAGAGUCAUCACAGUCGACCAGCAGCGGUGAAUGCAAAGAGCUCACGGGUGAACUAUCUUCUGCUCAGCCACCGUUCGUUCAAAUACCAGCUUCAUCGCAAUCAAAAAUCAAACACUCGCUCAAACCUCCAAGAACAAGUCAAAGAAAGAUUGUAGUUGAUGAAGUGAUGCCCCAUAAUGAUUAUUCAGACGCUACAAGGCCGCGUAGGACGCGGGGGAAGGCAGUUGAUUACAAAUGGCCUUCCUUAAGGGCGAAAAUGAGAAGGCCGACCGACAAGCUUGUAGACGCCACGACUGUCACAGAUAUUCACGAAUUACAGGUCCCAACCAACCGAAAGCUACGCAAACAACGCGAAGGAGUAGCAGACUCGGCGGACGUACACGGGGAGACUGAUCAUGAACAGGAUCCGGAGCAGUCACCAGCGGCUGAAGACGUAUCAGUGGGCCUUCAGAGCAUCAAUUCAAACAUACAAAAAGAUGAAGUAAGUGAUCAACCACUACAGGCGACUGAAGUUACACAGGCAUUACCUGAGGAUCUGCCAUUGAGGCAGCCAAUGGCACUGAAAGAUAUUACGAAUAAGAUACAUAUAGUACAGAAACCAAAGAAAUCACUUGCAAAAAAACCUAUCAUAGGGGAUGUCAGUGACGAAAACUCAUACUACGGAGAUGAUACAUCUGCAUCAGGUUUAAGGUUAAACGAGGGGGAUCUUUCGGUAUUUGAUUUAAUCGGCGGCGUCAAAUGUAGUAACAUACCUAAAACGCAUAGGGCGCGCGCCAAGGCGGAACGGCAAGUGGGUAAAAAGCCAGCGUUCAAAGUUUCAACAUAG